AUGGACUUUGCCCUCGAGGACACCCAGAACGCUGCCCCAGGAUUGCCCAGCAUGGCCGAACAGCAGAAACUGGCCGUAGCGCCACGCAAGGCCGAUACCCAGAGUGUGACCAAAAGACUCCAGUCCGAGCUAAUGACCCUCAUGAUGUCGCCCACGCCCGGCAUCUCAGCCUUUCCAGACGCCGACGGCAACCUGUUACAUUGGACCGCCACCAUCGUCGGACCGAAAGACACUCCCUACGCAGACCUCAACCUCAAACUCAGCUUCGAGUUCCCGGGCAACUACCCCUACACGGCCCCUACUGUUCAGUUCAAGACACCCAUCUACCAUCCGAACAUUGACUUCAGCGGUCGGAUAUGCCUCGACAUCUUGAAGGACAAGUGGAGCGCAGUCUACAACGUGCAAACGGUGUUGCUAAGCUUGCAAAGCCUGCUGGGGGAACCCAACAAUGCGAGCCCCUUGAACAACGAAGCUGCCCAGCUCCAUCAAAACGACCCCGAGGAGUACCAAAGAAAGGUGCUGGCUCGUCACCAGGAUAUUGAUGACUGA